AUGGCCUAUAUCGCUCCUCGCUUUCUCAUCGGGGCCGGUGCUGAUGCAGCCAAACCUCGCCUGGUCGCCGACCUCGAGGCCUCAGCUGUUGAACUUGCAGCCCACUUUGCCUCGGCGACUGGCGUCAAGCGAAUAGAAGCAGAUCGACUUGCACUCUUCGUCCAACUGACUUCGGCUUUGACGAGUGAUCUUCGAGUUAGUCUGCCAAUCAGUCUGUUGUUGCCAACCUUGUCGACACGGCAAGGGCACCGGGGGCCAGCAGCAGAGCCGGAGACGGAGCCAGAACCGGUACCACCGGGCAUCAACACCUCGGCCGGUACUGGCUCACCCGAUGCCCGACAUCUGUCAGAUUUGGAGGCGCCAGUAGCACGUCUGUUGACCGAGGGGCUGGAACCGAUGUUUUGGAGUGGCGCUGUCUUGAGAGGUCGAUCACAAAAUCUGACUGUUCAUUAUGAAGGCCAGGAUGAUCUGAAUAUCCUUCGCAUGGACAAAAACACGGGUAAUCCUUCUAUUAUUUAUUGGGCAGUAUUACAAACUGAUGAAAAGAUAUUCGGAGUUAAAGUCAAUCAAGGUUCAGUUUCUUUUACCUUUAAAAUUAGCUCUUAUCCUUUCCAUGGCCUGUUCAUCUUCUGUGAGAAAGGCAUAUUUGCUCCCUAA